GACUCCGCUCAGAAUUUGCUCCUCGAGGCCCAGAUUCACACACACACACUCCGACUGACCUCUGCUGUAACCAUGCCAACCACCGUACUGGGAUUGCUGGGAGUUUUGCUCUGUGCCCUUGCCGUUACCUCUCAGGUCACACCACAGAAAGACCUCAAAAGGUUUUUCACAGAAACUACUGGAGAGUCCGUCGCUGGAGAAUGGAGCCCAUUGAUUGUCACUGAAGAUGUGGAGAAGAUCCUCUAUGAGGUGAAGCCAGACAUAGAGAAGGCAGUUGGAACCCAUUUUCAUGUUUUCAUUCCAAUAUCCCAUAGGUUUCAGAUUGAGGAAGGAAUAAACUAUGUGGUCAUGGUGUACACUGGGGGAAAUACUUGCGUUUAUGCAAUGAUAUCUCAAGCUUUCCCGUGGCAUGGAGGGGAACUGUCUGUGCCUGAAGUCCUGUACCCUGAACCCUGCAUUGACUGGUCCCCUUCUCAACACUUCUAACCGCAUGCAGAAAAUAGUCUGAUAUAAUAACAGACACACAAUGAUCUGCCAUACUGUAUAGAGGAACAAUUGAAAACUGUUUUAUUCCUCAAUAAACUCAAUAUUCAAACCCUCA